GUCGGCGGGCGCAGAGGCCGGGAGCCCGCACACGCCUCCCCGCGCCGCUGCUGCCGCAGGCUCUCCGCCGCUCCGCGCGCUGCGGCUGCCAUGGGGGUCGCGGGCUGCGGUCGGCUUCGGGAGGCCGGGGCGCUGCUGCUGCUGCUGCUGCUGGUGCUGCCGCCGCCACCGCUGCUGGCCGCCGCCGUCCCUCCUGACCGGGGUCGCACCGACCGGCCGCUCGAGGAUGUGGAUGAGUGUGCCCAAGGGCUAGAUGACUGCCAUGCUGAUGCGCUGUGUCAGAACACACCUACUUCCUACAAGUGCUCUUGCAAGCCUGGCUACCAAGGGGAAGGCAGGCAGUGUGAGGACUUGGAUGAAUGUGACAAUGCACUCAAUGGCGGCUGUGUCCACGACUGUUUAAACAUUCCAGGCAAUUAUCGAUGCACCUGUUUCGAUGGCUUCAUGUUGGCUCAGGACGGUCAUAAUUGUCUUGAUGUGGACGAAUGCUUGGAGAACAAUGGCGGCUGCCAGCACACCUGCACCAACGUCAUGGGGAGCUAUGAGUGUCGCUGCAAAGAAGGUUUCUUUCUAAGUGACAAUCAGCACACUUGCAUUCACCGUUCAGAAGAGGGCCUGAGCUGUAUGAACAAGGAUCAUGGCUGUGGUCACAUCUGCAAGGAGGCCCCGAGAGGCAGCGUUGCCUGUGAAUGCAGGCCUGGUUUUGAACUGGCUAAAAACCAGAGAGACUGCAUCUUGACUUGUAACCAUGGAAAUGGUGGGUGUCAGCACUCCUGUGAAGAUACAGCAGAAGGCCCUGAGUGUAGUUGCCAUCCACGGUACAGGUUGCAUGCUGAUGGGAGAAGCUGCCUAGAGCACGAGGGCACCGUCCUGGAAGGGACAGAGAACAACGCCACAUCAGCGGCAGAUGGAGACAAGCGGGUGAAGCGGCGGCUGCUCAUGGAAACAUGUGCUGUCAACAAUGGAGGCUGUGACCGCACCUGUAAGGACACAUCAACAGGUGUCCACUGCAGUUGUCCCACUGGAUUCUCUCUCCAGCUGGAUGGGAAGACAUGUAAAGAUAUCGAUGAGUGCCAGACCCGGAAUGGAGGUUGUAACCAUUUCUGCAAAAACACUGUGGGCAGUUUUGACUGCAGCUGCAAAAAAGGAUUUAAAUUACUAACAGACGAGAAGUCUUGCCAAGAUGUGGAUGAAUGUUCUUUGGAAAGGACCUGUGACCACAGCUGCAUCAACUACCCUGGCACAUUUAUUUGUGCCUGCAACACAGGGUACACUCUCUAUAGCUUCACCCACUGUGGAGACACCAACGAGUGCAGCAUCAACAAUGGAGGCUGCCAGCAAGUUUGUGUCAACACAGUGGGUGGCUACGAGUGCCAGUGUCAUCCAGGGUACAAGCUCCACUGGAAUAAAAAAGACUGUGUGGAAGUGAAGGGCUUCCUGCCCACUAGCAAGACACCCCGUGUGUCCCUGCACUGUGGUAAAAGUGGUGGAGGAGACAAGUGCUUCCUAAGAUGCCACUCUGGCAUUCACCUCUCAUCAGGACUGCAAGAGGCUUACUCUGUCACCUGUGGCUCUUCUUCUCUCAGAAGCAGACAGCAAAAAUCAAAUGACUCUGCUUUUGGGGAUAUCGUCACCGUCAGAACAAGUGUAACCUUUAAGCUAAAUGAAGGCAAGUGUAGUUUGCAAAAGGCCAAGCUGUCUCCCGAGGGCCUGCAAUCAGCACUACCAGAGAGGCACAGCUCAGUAAAAGAGAGCUUCCAGUACGCAAACCUUACAUGCAGCCCUGGCAAGCAAGUCCUGGGAGCCCUUGCCCGACCGAACGUUCCUAAGGAAAUGUUUAUCACGGUUGAGUUUGAACGGGAAACUUACGAAAAGGAGGUGACAGCUUCCUGCAAUCUGAGCUGCGUGGUAAAGCGGACAGAGAAGAGGCUGCGGAAAGCUAUCCGCACACUCAAGAAGGCUGCCCACAGGGAGCAGUUUCACCUGCAGCUCUCAGGCAUGGACCUCGAUGUGGCUAAAAAGUCCCCCAGAGUGUCAGAACAGCAGCAGGAGACCUGUGGAGUGGGCCAGGGUCGUGAAGAAAGCCAGUGUGGCCUUUGCCAACCAGGCGAAUAUUCAGCAAAUGGAUUUGCCCCUUGCCAGCUCUGUGCCCUGGGCACCUUUCAGCCUGAUGUGGGCCGUACAUCUUGCCUCCCAUGUGGAGGAGGUCUUCCUACCAAACAUCUGGGAGCUACUUCCUUCCAAGAUUGUGAAACCAGAGUUCAAUGUUCGCCUGGGCAUUUCUACAACACCACCACACACCGAUGUAUCCGUUGCCCACUGGGGACAUACCAGCCUGAAUUUGGAAAAAAUAAUUGUGUUUCCUGCCCGGGCAAUACUACCACUGACUUUGAUGGCUCCACCAACAUAACACAGUGUAAAAACAGAAAGUGUGGAGGGGAGCUGGGGGAUUUCACAGGGUAUAUUGAAUCCCCAAACUACCCUGGGAACUAUCCAGCCAACUCAGAGUGCACCUGGACCAUCAACCCACCCCCAAAACGCCGGAUCCUGAUCGUGGUGCCUGAGAUCUUCCUGCCCAUAGAGGAUGAUUGCGGUGACUACCUGGUGAUGCGGAAAACCUCAUCAUCAAAUUCUGUGACCACAUAUGAAACCUGCCAGACCUACGAACGCCCCAUCGCCUUCACCUCCAGGUCAAAGAAACUGUGGAUUCAGUUCAAAUCCAAUGAAGGGAACAGUGCCCGAGGCUUCCAGGUUCCCUAUGUGACAUACGAUGAAGACUACCAGGAGCUCAUUGAAGACAUAGUUCGAGAUGGCAGGCUCUAUGCCUCUGAGAACCACCAGGAAAUACUGAAGGAUAAGAAACUGAUCAAGGCUCUGUUUGAUGUCCUGGCACAUCCCCAGAACUAUUUCAAGUACACAGCCCAAGAGUCCCGAGAGAUGUUUCCAAGAUCUUUCAUCCGAUUGCUACGUUCCAAAGUGUCAAGGUUUCUGAGGCCUUACAAAUGACUCUUCCCACAUGCCAUCCCAAACGGGGUCCUACUGUGGGCUCAGUGGGCUGCAGACGUCUCCCCUCCACAUGCCAGCCUGCCAUCGGAUUAUUACCACGCCCAGUAUCAGUGACUCGUCAGUUCAGUUUUUAUAGACAAUACAGAUAUCUUGGUAAACUGAACUUGGGUUUUCUUUCCCAGCAUUUCAGAUGUAGACUUCAUACGCUUGGACUAGCACUGUGUGGGCACAUGUCCUGGAUGUCGUGAGGGCUGGCUGAACUGGCCUCCUUUUGGGCUCUUAGUCCUCCAGCUGUCUGUAGUGGAAAGGAGGCCACAGAAGGGCCACUCUGGCUACAUCGCCAUGUCCUCCAGGCCAGUCCUCUCCCAGGGAGCAUCUGUACUCAUCAGAGGUGACCAAGCCAAACAGGCAAGCAGGAGGGAAGGCCAAGCACUCCAGGAGACUCCCAGGCCUUCUGAGUCAUGGGAAGACUCAGAUCCUCUCAGCCUUCUGCAGCCUCUGCAAUGCCAGUUUAAUCCUAACUGUGAGUUUUAAGCAGCGAUGAUUUAAAAAAGAAA